AAAAAGCAAAGUUGGCACACAAUACAAAGGCCAAAAAGGUGUUAAAAACCAAUUUGCAACUUAUUAUUGGUUGGUGUCACACGAAGGUGAGGAAGGCUAAUCUCACAACUGCCUUUAUCACCGUCCAUUUCAAUCACACCACUCUACCGGGACAACUUCAAUAAUAUAAGCUGGUUUUAGGCUUUAGCCUUUGCUUGUAACGACGCCGUUGUUUCGUACCUUCUCAACUGCACUUGGAUAAAGUGGAAAAAUGCCCGGACUCAGGGGACCUUCCGAUUACAAGCUUGAGCCGCCGCGAAAUUCCGCUCUCGUUGUCAAUUCCAAGACAGUACUCUGUGAAAGAUGGCGAAAGAAAGAUAAACGAGAAGUUGAACCAUUCAAUGCCGAGCCACGCCGUGCAGAUUUGGUUUCGUCUUAUGUUACACCAGUAGAUUUCUUCUACAAGAGGAAUCAUGGACCGAUUCCAGUAGUGGAUGAUCUAGACAAGAAGCUCCCGAAGUACACUGUAACAGCUACUCUGCAGUGUGCUGGCAAUAGAAGAACAGCAAUGAGCAAGACCCGAAAAGUGAAAGGAGUUGGGUGGGAUGUUGCAGCCAUAGGAAAUGCUGUUUGGGGCGGGGCUAGACUAGCAGAUGUUCUUGAACUCCUAGGAAUCCCCAAAUGCUCUCAUGUAACGCCAUCUGGAGGAAAGCAUGUGGAAUUUGUAAGCAUCGACAAGUGUAAGGAAGAGAAUGGAGGCCCCUAUAAAGCAUCUAUUCCAUUAAUUCAGGCCACAAACCCUGAGGCUGAUGUUUUGCUAGCUUAUGAAAUGAAUGGAGAGACUCUAAACAGGGAUCAUGGAUAUCCACUGCGUGUGAUUGUCCCUGGUGUUAUUGGUGCUCGAUCUGUGAAGUGGCUUGACUCGAUCAACAUAAUUGCAGAAGAGUGCCAGGGAUUCUUCAUGCAAAAGGAUUACAAAAUAUUUCCACCUUCUGUGGAUUGGGAUAAUAUCGAUUGGUCUACAAGGCGGCCUCAAAUGGAUUUUCCUGUUCAGUCUGCAAUUUGUUCUCUGAGUGAUGUGAAUAUGGUGAAACCUGGAAAGAUAAACAUCAAAGGUUAUGCCGCAUCAGGAGGUGGCCGAGGCAUAGAAAGAGUGGAUAUAUCUAUUGAUGGUGGCAAAACAUGGGUGGAAGCCUCCAAAUCACAAAAACCCGGCGUCCCAUAUAUUUCUGAUGGUGAAAGUAGUGAUAAAUGGGCUUGGGUCCUUUUCGAGGCCCAAGCUGAAAUUCUUAACAGCACUGAGAUAGUUGCCAAAGCAGUGGAUAUAGCAGGAAAUGUCCAGCCUGAAACUGUGCAGGAGAUUUGGAACUUGAGGGGCAUACUAAACACCUCAUGGCAUCGUGUUCACGUUCGGAUUGGGCACUCAAAUUUGUGAUAAGACAAGUAUACAGUUUUCAUGCAUGUGCUACUCUUUGUGAAUGUUAAAAAAUGUGCCAAAUACUUGAAAAGGGUGGUUCGAUACUUAUGGAAAUAAAACUGGAACGGUUUAAGAGAUUUUUUGGUUUUUCUUUACGAUUUUAUAGAACAUUACGAGUUUCGUGUCCAAUUGAGUAACUUUGUAAUAGCACAGAAAAGAAUGUCGCUCUCAAAGUUUCUUUCUGUGGGAUGCUUGGGUUAGCCCGUGACUGUAUUGAGAAUUUUUGUAAGUGUAGUGCUAUUUGUUUGAGUGGCCUUAUUAAUAUGCCAUCUUGCACUGUGUGGACAAAAUAUUAUAUUUUCAAAAUGUCAUCCUCAUCCAUCAUGUAGCAUAAGA